AUGGCAACAGCGGCAUCGAUGCAGUCAAACGCCAGAUUUCGCGCAUGCAAGGCUCCGUCUCGUCUGGUCCGCUCCGGUCUAGCCCACGGCCUAAUUCUACCCAGUGUUACUUAUCAGGACAUCACUGCAGCCAUUAUCGCCCCGACAAACGGACUUGAUGUACACGCAACGGCUCAGAAGAAGCCAAGUCAUGGUGUGUGGGAUCGGAAAAAGGCAUUACAUACCUUUGUCAGCCCCUCGAAGACAAUCGACGCUUUCUUUUCGAGAACAACCCUUGCCCUCCCUGAUGAAGGCAAGAUUCGUUUUCUAUGCCUAUAUCCUAUGGUCACAAAUCAAUUUUCCGCGUCCGAACUCGACGAGAGUGCAAUGCGAUCAUCAUUAACAUCGCGUUUUAUUACUCCUAACGAGACUAUUGGAAACCACUGCGAAAAAGAAGAAACGACAGGCGGAAGGCCCAACAAAUCGAGUCUGUCAACCCGCGUGUCAUCAACAGCGUCUUCGGGAGCUGAAAUGCUGGAUUCUGACGGCAUUGACAACCGCUGGCCAAGGACGAUGUUGAGCGUUUGA